AUGGUGCCGCUAGGACCCGGGCCUGGCCAUCCUACUGCACACCAAACUCACGGUGGGCCCUCCACCAACUUAUCCGGCCCAAAUUCGUUAUCACAAAGUGCUCCGCAGUCAAACAAGUCGUCAGUAGCGAAGCCGAAUUACACGCUCAAAUUUACUCUUGCGGGGCACACAAAGGCUGUGUCUUCCGUUAAAUUCAGUCCUAAUGGAGAAUGGCUUGCAAGCUCCUCUGCUGACAAACUUAUUAAGGUGUGGGGUGCCUAUGAUGGCAAAUUUGAGAAGACUAUAUCGGGACACAAAAUGGGCAUCAGUGAUGUGGCUUGGUCCUCAGACAGCAGUUCAAAAAUAAUGGAAUCUACUAAAAAGAAAUACGCAAGAUUCCGUUAUACUCAACAACAGUUAGAGGAGGCUCUUACCCGUAUAACAAAUAACGAUUUGUCUAUUAAUAAAGCCAGCAAAAUAUACGACAUACCCAAAUCAACGUUAAGUAAUAAAUUAAAUAAUAAAGUACCAUGGCAACGAAAAAUGGGUCCAUUAACACAACUAACUUUCGACGAAGAAAACAAGCUAGCAGACUGGAUUUUAACAAAAGCUAAACUUGGGUUUCCAAUGCACCCGGAAGAAGUUUAUGAUACUGUGGAAAUAUUCUUGAAACAAAAUGAGAGGGAGAAUAAAUUUACAAAAGGCCGACCGGGGAAAAAAUGGCUUACUUUGUUUUUGCGAAGACAUCCCGAAGUAACUAAAAGAAACGCUGAAAUAAUAUCAAAAGCUAGGGCAGCGGUUACAGAAGAGGCCAUCAGAAAUUGGUUUACUGAAUUGAACAAGUUUUUAGAGGAAGAAAAUGCCUUAGACAUUAAAGAUGACCCGACUCGUAUUUUCAAUUCAGAUGAAACUGGCGUCAUGACUUGUCUUAAAACGGGGCUGAUUUUGGGGCCCAAAAAUUAUAAAAAUACAUACGAAAUCGCAAGUGGGAAAGAAAAAGAAUCAAUCACAGUCCUAUGUACAUUCUCUGCUGAUGGUACUGAUGUACCACCGUUUGUUUUGUAUCCAUAUAAAAGAAUGCCACCAGCCGUAAUUCAAAAUUUCCCAGAUACUUGGUAUAUUGGCCGUUCCGACAGCGGGUGGAUGGUAUCAGUUGUAUUUUUUACCUACAUUAAGUUAUUUUAUGAAUGGUUGGUAAAAAAUGAAAUCCGGUUGCCUGUAUUGCUAUUUCUGGAUGGCCACAAGUCCCAUAUCAAUCGUAACAUGUUUGAUUUCGGUCGUGAAAAAGGAAUAAUGAUUUUCUGUUUAUAUCCCAACUCAACUCAUAUUUUGCAGCCAUGUGAUGUAGGAAUAUUUGGACCGUUGAAGAAAAAUUGGAAAAGGGUAGUGAGAAAGCAUAAACAGGCAUCCACUGUACCUAUAACAAAACAAAAUUUUGCUGCGUUGUUUAAAAUAGCUUACGACAGAAGCAUUAAGCCAACUACGAUAAAAAAUUCAUUUAGAGUUUGUGGUUUAUAUCCAAUGUCUCCAGAUGCAGUUGACUACUCACGCUGCAUAAGUAAUAGAAGGCAAGAAAUUGCGCAACAAAACCAAAAAGGCACCACAACCUCUAGUCUUCAUGACCAAAAAGAGGAUCUACGAAGUACGAUCAAGGUUAUAGAAGGUGAAGUUGGCCAGAUGAUAAGAAAUGAGUUUGUCAUGUCUUACAAUUUAAACCGUUCUCAUCCCCAUCAAUAUUUUGAGCUGUGGAAAAAAUGUAGAAAUCAACUUGAGAAUAAAAAACAGAGUGACACGAUAACACCGAAUACCCCGAUCAUUCCUCUUGAUCUGUCAGUAUCAUCUAUAGAAGCGUCUACUUCAAACGAGGACGAUUCCAAACUGGAAUCAAGCCAGGCACUGGAAAGGAAUAGUGUUCCCGAAAUCGUCGAGUCUGAAAUUACAAAUGUGGAAACUGAAGAAAUGCAUGCAACUAAUAGUUCAAUUAUAAUAGAUUCGGCAAUCCGACUGCCAUCGGAUAAUUCCAUAUUAUUGGGUGAGACUAGUAUUUUACCCAAUUUACCACCCUUUGAUACAACUGAAGAUGUCAUAGAUUUUAUUAUUCAGAAUGAAAUAGACAUACCUGAUGUGAUACCAUUGCCAUGGUAUGAUACUUUAGAAAUAAUAGUAGAAAAAGACCCCAUUAUUGACGCUCCUAAUAAAUGCUCUUCUCCUCAGAAUAACGCAUCAUCCAUACCAGCCAUUCCCAGUUGCAGCAAUAACACUAAUCAAGCAAAAAAUUCGCUUGAGUCCACAGUUGAUAGUCAGACUGCAAUAAAGUCUGUAAUAGAUCCCACUAAUAGUAUUAAUUCAUCGAAUGAUACAAAUCCAUCCAAUCUACUAGAAGGAUUUUUGAAAAUACCGGAUUUACCACAAAAGAAAUUUAAAGUUACAAAAAAAAUGCCUGCACCUUAUGGAUUAACAGGGCUCAAAUACAAAGAAUAUUUAAAAAAUCAGGACGAUGAGAAAAAAAUUAAGGAGGAAGAAUUAGCGAAUAAAAGAAAGGAACGAGAAGAAAAAAGACUGAACAAACAAAAAUCUCAAAGCAAAAAACGUGUAUGGGAACUUAGUUCAGGCAAAUGUUUAAAGACCUUAAAAGGACACAGUAAUUAUGUGUUUUGCUGUAAUUUCAACCCACAAAGUAACCUUAUUGUUUCUGGAAGUUUUGAUGAAAGUGUCCGAAUAUGGGAUGUUAGAACAGGCAAAUGUUUGAAGACAUUACCAGCUCAUUCUGAUCCAGUCUCAGCAGUUCAUUUCAACAGAGAUGGCAGCCUUAUUGUCUCAUCCAGUUAUGAUGGCUUAUGUCGAAUUUGGGACACAGCUUCAGGCCAGUGUUUGAAGACAUUAAUAGAUGAUGACAAUCCACCUGUAUCCUUUGUAAAAUUCUCCCCAAAUGGAAAAUAUAUUCUUGCUGCAACAUUAGACAACACACUUAAAUUAUGGGACUACAGUAGAGGAAAGUGUCUUAAGACAUAUACGGGACACAAGAAUGAAAAAUAUUGCAUUUUUGCCAACUUCAGUGUUACAGGUGGAAAGUGGAUAGUAUCAGGUUCAGAAGAUAAUCUGGUGUAUAUUUGGAAUCUGCAAUCAAAAGAAAUAGUUCAGCGACUUUCAGGGCACACUGACACAGUGCUCUUUGGAAAAGUGACACUUAAUAAUAUAUUUUGGUUUUCAAGCAUACAGCGAUCUGUAUAUUUUGGCUUCAUAUUGUAA